GCAGCUGGACGAGCGGGCGCCAAUCCUCGAUUGAUCUUUCUUGGUCCGACUGAGCUCUAUCCCACGCUGCUGGGAGUCGUCUGCCGUCACGAGCAAUCUACUGCGAGUCGACCUGCCAGCGCUAAUGGCGAGCCCUAUGCACGAGAUGAGGGUCGGGGCGUGGACCUUGAAGCUUCUCGAAAGCCAGAGCUCUGCUCCGACCGACUAAAGGGUUGCAUCUACCCCUGCUGA